AUAAAUGGGCGGAUGCAUUUUACGUAUUUAACAAUCUUUCGACAAAUUUAUAACUCAUGGUAGCGUGGUUGUUGUGACUGUUUUGAAGUUUGAUACACGGAAACACAUGAAUACACAUAGGAUGAGUUGGAUUCAAAUUAAACCGAUAAGAGUAUUAAAUAAUCUCGAUAGGUAAUUGAUCAAGUGACUUCAAGAUAUUUUUUAUGUGGUUAAAUAAAUAAUUGUAUAAAAUUAAUAGACCAAACUUUUGCGGCUUAUGAUUGGUUAAUAAUUUGAAUUUAACAGUUGAUUAAUUAAAAAAAAACAAUUAUUAAUGCUGUUAUUGUUGCUGUUAUAAACAUUUAAAAUUUCUUGCUCAAUCGACCGAAGAUAUUUACAAAAUUAAAUUAAUCUCUAAAGAUUGUAAAACAUUAACGGCAAAACGAGGAAUAUGUUAACAACGCCAAUCUGUGAAGUUGUGAAGGAGGGGUUGGUCAGUGUCAAGGUCAAAUCUUAUUUGAGCUCUACCUACAAGCACCAAUGGUUGCGCCUUCUUCGCCAGUACGACGUCUACGUCUCCCACAAACUUGAAUUCCACGAAAAAUUUUCAGACUGCGAUCACAAACCCCCCCUUUGCACGGUACCACUUUUCCCCGGAGACAGAGCCCACAUCGAGAGCAAGGGCUCUCGAUGUGGCAUCCUCCUACAUUUUACCGAUGGAAACAUUAAAAAGUUUAUCACCCAAUCACUGUACGACGCUGAGGUCUGGAUGCAUGCACUCAACGGUGUCACCCUUACUCUACCCCCUCCUCCGCCUACAGUUUUCUGUCAGCAAUCACCUCCCACUACUCCACUACCACCCACACCCACUCCACAGCCACCCAUGUGCAGCAGAAGCAGCAGCAGUAGCAACAUCAUUGUCCAGAGAACAAGUUCUAAGCCAAAAAUGCGGGAGUCAGCAUUUUUCAACGUGGUCGUCAUGCCAUGUGCAUUCCUUCCAUGGAGAGAGCCCCAGCACUGCAGGCUGGAAAUAACUGGCAAGGAACUUGUGCUAUGGAGCUUCGAAAAUCUAGCUACAUUCCUGAUAAAAUGGAACAGCGGUUCUAUACAGAAAUACGGAUUUGAUCCUAAUCACUUCAUCAUCCAUACUGACAGACGGAGUGCUUGUACAAAGAAAAUUGUAAAUCCAUGGAGAAGAAUCGGCAAAUUCCAGAUUAUGAAAAGCUUGUCUCUAGAUGAUGAUAAACAUGAGGUUGAAGAAGAUAACGAAAAUGAUGGUGGUAAUGAAGAAGAUGAUUAUGAUGGUGAUAAAGAAGAUGACGAUUGUGAGGAAGAUGAUGACGACGUGAAUGAUAAGUAGCGAUGAGAAAUAAUAUGAUUAGUACAUAGUAAUUGACAGCCUAUUUGACUGCAUAUUGCAUGUUAAUAAUAAUAAUUGAUGAUGAGAUUUUUAUUUUCAUGAUCUAUUCAUUUGAAACAAUUUAUUCAAACUGAGUGUCAGUCAGUCAUUGUCAAUAAUAACAUUACUGACAUAAAAAUAAAUACAUAGUGAUUUAAAAAAAUGUUAAUCAAAAUCAAAUUUUUGAAUUUAAUCCACCCGUAUAAAUUAUUUCAAACAUGUUGCGUGUGUACACGUGUGUGUGUGUGUGUGUGUGUACAAAAUUGUUAAUACAUUACAAUACAAUUGUU